ACAGUAACAACGUCCAUCUACACUCUUGCGGUCAUUUCCUUGGAAAGAAUGUACGCCGUCGGUUGGCCUCUUCGUCACAGAACUCUGAACUAUAGUGUUUACAUCUGCGCUAUUAGCAUACCGUGGAUCAUAGCGGCAAUAUUUACUACUUUAGUGGUGUUACGGACACUUAAUAUGAUAGGGAGGGAGUAUUUCUUUUAUUAUCUUGUUUUAAUUCCUGGAAUCCCUCUAAUAACUAUAUGUGUAGCAAACUUUGUUAUUUGGAAGAAGCAGAAAACGCCAUUUCGCGACCAGAAUCACAUCAAAAGAGAAGUGAAAUUGGCGAAGACACUAGUUCUCAUAACAGGAACAUCGCUUUUUACUUGGCUUCCUUUUCAAAUUCUAAAUAUUUUGUUUGAAUUGAAAGCCACACAAAAUUUUCACCUUUUUGAAUUAACUGUAUUUAUCAUCAAAUUUUUACAGUUUAGCAAUUCAGUUGUGAACGUGAUAAUUUAUCCGUUCAGGAUUCCAGAAUUUAAGCGCACUUUAUUCCAGAUACUUAAUUUCUGUGUAAUUCCCUUUGGAAGAUUCAGCAUUGCGGUAUGUCCACCAGCUGGGACCGGGUCAUUUUCGCAAUCAAACGUUCACCAGGAAAGUUCGCUUUAG